UGACAACGGCUUUCAUUGACGACAUUUGCAACAAUUGAUUUGUAAAUUGUGCUCUAGGCAGUGUAUCAAAAUUUACUGUGUUUAAAAAAUUAUCUUCCCGACCUCUGAACAUAAAACAUACCAAUUAUGGCUCUGCGUACAACAAAGGUUUUAUAUAACAACAGCUUGAGGAAGUGGUGCUACAACCUCGCGGGAUUUAAUAAAUAUGGGCUACUACGGGACGAUUGUCUUUACGAAACUGAAGAAGUUACUGAGGCUCUCCGCCGUUUACCUCAAAAUGUAGUUGAUGAACGUAAUUAUCGUAUAGUUAGAGCUGUCCAAUUGUCUGUUACUAAAACAAUUUUACCAAAGGAGGAAUGGACAAAAUUUGAGGAGGACAAACUCUAUCUUACACCAAUUGUUGAACAAGUGAAAAAUGAAAAGCAAGAACGCGAAAACUGGGAAAAAAACAAUUAAAAACAAUGUCAGUGUAUGAUUUUUUUGUAGGUUUUAAGUGAAAAUGUUUUAAAUCAAUUAAUAAAAGUCUUAUUUAUAA